AAAGGGUGGCAGUUGAACGUGUCGGUUAACAAAAAUUAAAUAUUUUAAUUCGUUAGUUGUUUCCGUGAUGGACCAAGUGGAAGGAUGCUGGAGUGGUUCGGAAAGAUCCAUUUUCUCCAUUUCCUGUACGCUUCAGUUCUUAUACCAUGACUUGAUUUUGCUAGAAAAUCAAAUACCUUGGUUUGUGCUUGAGCAUCCGUUUAGCUUAACAAGAGGUUCGUUUGAAACCAGGUCCCUACUUCAACUCGCCUUGGAUUUCUUCCACAACAUUUUUUCAUCCGAGAAAUCUCCUACACAACUAGAUAUUUUCGCCAAUCAAGAAAUCCGGUACAUUCUUGAUUUGUUAAGAAGUUCUUUGGUGUUGCCACUUGGAAAGCAACAAGGCCAAGAAGAGUUAUGUAUCAUGGCAGCCUAUUCUUCCUUCUGCCACCAGCAUCAAAGAAUCUGGAAUCAGUUUCAGGAAAGUAAGAUCAUAAAGCAUCCUGGAUGUCAAAUUCAGUAGAGGCACUCUGGAAAUGUCAUCAAUUCUCAUCCAAGAAACCGUUGGACCUGCCUUCCGAAAUCUGAUCAGCUAGGAGCAAUGUUAUCCAAACUGUUCUUCAAGAGUUACAUGCUAUGCUAUACUCUUGUACAACCUUAUGAACAACGAAGAGAACAUGGAAGAACUCAGCAAGAGUGGGAUUCUUAUCAACUGGCUUAACCCACAUGACACAACACAGUUCUUUAAGAUGCUAUACCAUGAUGCUUUUUUGAAAGAUUUUUAUAACUAGAAGCUUUGCUGAGAAGUGAAUGAAUAUAAGCAGAAAUUGUGGCCAAAAUGGCAAGCUUUUUAUACCCGCAAUCAUUUUGCAAAGCCAUGGGCCAUUGUUUCUCAGAUUGUUGCUGCUAUCCUUCUCGUCCUAGCUUUCCUGCAAACCUUUUAUUCCAUGAAGUGAUCAAUACUUAUUUUAAUACAUGUCAUAUCAUGUUGAGACACAAACAAAAAUUGUCAUGAGUUACUGAUAUGUAAUAUUUGUGAUCUGAGGACUCUUUACUUUCUAUGGAUCUCUUAUGAGGAAUUUGGUUAGAAUAUAAAGUUUUCUCAGUCUCACUGCUAGGUAUCUGAGUGUUUUGCCAAAUGAUAUUUUUGGUUUGGCAGAGUCUGUAAUGCAUGCUAUAAGUGGGAGUUGUCUGCUGGAUUUAGGAGCCUUCAUCUUUUUGGUCAUGCUUUGUUUAUCUGGUUUUCGGGGAAUAUGAAGGUGUUUGGGACUAAGUUGAUGUUUGAGGUGUUAUUGCUGAAGACUAUACAGAAUAAAACUUUUUUAUAGCU